AUGCGCAGCGGUGUGUCGAAGGAAAAUCCAACCUCAGAGAACAGCAGAGUAAUUCCGGGAAAAGGCGGACUGACAUUUAGUCGCCACAGUCGCGUCGACCCAGCUGUGUCUAUAUUUGUUCUUACUGGUGCUCUGGGGGGAAAAAGGAAAGGAAAUAAAAGAACAGAAGACGGUUGGAUCAUGACGACGGAGAGAAACAGCAAAGCUCUGAAGGUGAAGCAGGAGUGCGGUGAGAAUGUGCCCUUCCUGUCAGACAGCGAGCUCAUGUCCCUGUCGGUGCGGGAGCUGAACCUCCACCUACGCGGGCUCUCCCGCGAGGAGAUCCAGAAGCUGAAGCAGCGCCGGCGCACCCUGAAAAACCGGGGCUACGCCGCCAGCUGCCGGGUCAAGCGGGUGUCCCAGCGCGAGGCCCUGGAGCAGCAGAAGAUGGAGCUCCAGCGGGAGGUGGAGCGGCUGGGCGCCGAAAACGCCGGCAUGCGGAAGGAGCUGGAGGGCCUGGGCUCGCGGCUGGCCGCCCUGCAGAGGUUCGCCAGGAGCCUGGAGGCCGGGGGGGGCAGCCUGCUGGCCACCGCCCCGCGCCUCAACACCGCCUCGGUCAUCACCAUCGUGAAGAGCCCGCCGCAGCCUCAGCCACAGAGAGAACAGGAGCCGUCGUAG